AAAAAAGAAAAAGGAAGUAAAAUGGGGAAACAAGUAGUGUCAGAGAAGAUGAAGCUUGUGGUGGCAUUGAUCACACUUCAGUUUUGUUUUGCAGGCUUCCACAUUGUCUCAAGAGUUGCUCUUAACAUUGGUGUCAGCAAAGUUGUGUACCCUGUUUACAGGAAUCUUCUUGCCCUUCUCCUUAUAGGUCCCUUCGCUUACUUCCUCGAAAAAAAGGAAAGGCCUCCACUCACCAUCUCUUUACUGGUUCAGUUUUUCCUCUUGGCACUCAUUGGAAUCACAGCAAACCAAGGAUUCUAUCUGUUAGGACUGUACUAUGCAACUCCAACGUUUGCUUCCGCAAUGCAAAACUCUGUUCCCGCCAUCACUUUUAUCAUGGCUUGUGCCCUAAGGUUAGAGCACAUAGACUUGGUAAGGAAACAUGGUGUGGCCAAAGUAUUGGGAACCCUAGUGAGCAUCGGUGGAGCCACAGUGAUCACACUGUACAGAGGCUUUCCGAUCUUUCACAAGAGCCAUAACAUGCACGAAGAGGAAAAGAUAGAAUCUAACUCAUCGCACAACUGGUCACUUGGAUGGUUAUACCUAAUGGGGCAUUGUCUGUCAUGGGCUGGUUGGAUGGUUCUUCAAGCUCCUGUCCUAAAGAAGUACCCAGCAAAGCUUACUUUAACAUCGUUCACAUGUUUCUUCGGUCUGGUUCAGUUUCUAGUCAUUGCUCUGUUUGUUGAAACUGAUGUCAAUAACUGGAUCAUUGUCUCUUGGGAAGAACUCUUCACCAUCCUAUAUGCUGGAAUAAUAGCAUCAGGGUUGGUGGUUUAUCUUCAAACUUGGUGUAUCUACAAAGGUGGUCCUGUCUUUGUCGCAGUCUUCCAGCCUCUACAGACACUUCUUGUUGCUGCAAUGGCGUUUAUCGUUCUUGGUGAUCAGUUGUACUCUGGAAGGAUUGUUGGUGCAGUGUUCAUAAUGCUGGGACUCUACUUAGUUCUUUGGGGCAAAAACGAAGAAAGAAGACAGGUGCUUGAAGAGACUAGUGAACAAGAUCCAGAGUCUCUGACCAAACAUCUUCUUGAAGCACAACACAAGAAUGGUAAUGAUGAAUCUCAAGUGUAACCACAACGCAGUAUUUCUCUGUACAUACACACACAUGAACUUGGCCAAACACAUAGUGGGUCUCUCAUACAAUGCAUAUUCUAGUUGUUUACUUUAAAGUUGCAAUCAAAAUUGGGUUGCAAUAA